UAAUAAUAACUGUUGUUCUUAUAUACAUAGUAUUUAUAAAAUUAAAUUAAUAAAAAAUAAUUAAUACUAUAAUUUACUUCAUGAUUCACUUCAAUGAUUGGAUUGAUGUUUUGGUCACUAUUAUUAUCAUUUACAUUAUUGGGAGCAUCAUCUGCAACUGCUACCAAGUUUCUGUUUAAUGCAGGUCUCAAAUUAUUUUCCUGAGUAUUCAUAAAACAAUACAGAAUAUUAAAUAGGUAAUAAAUACUUAAUAGGUAUACAGCAUUUAAUGAGACCCUAACCAUGUGGACCUUGUCUUACAUAAGAUACAGUCUGAAGACAUUAACUGUAUAAUAUUAAUGAAAUCCACCCACAAACAAUUAAAAAAAAAUGAAAUAUAUUUACCUGUUGUCUUCUAAACCACUUAGUUUGUCUAGAAACUGUUGGUGUUGGCGAUCCAUUAUUUCCGAUUGUAAGGUACUUUUUAUAUUUUUUUGGUACGUAAUUAUCCAUUUCUUUUUAUUUGUAUUAGUACGUAAAUAUGAUACAGAAUUUAUUUUUUACUUAUAUAGUAUUAGAGAAAUUAUUUAAUAUAAAGAAAAUAUCAUAGAAUACGUGUCGACGUGUCGUGAGGCUAAAAAUAUUCCUUGUAUAAUAAGUAAUAAGUAAUAACAUUGAUUAUAAUAUUAUUUAUAAUCAAUGGUAAUAACUAUGAUUUUUCUUUGUUUACAUUUUAGUUUUUACAAUCAUCAUAAUAUUGUGUCAUUGUGAUAAUAUAAACUAUUAAUAACUUAAUAUGGGUAUAUAGCCCUGAUACGCGCACGCACACGCCGCCGUUCACCGUUGCGUUGACACCAACUUACUGUACGUUACGUUCCAGGCACGGCGGCGCAGACCGCACAAUAUAGUAAACGGUUAUAAUAUCCAUAAUAUUCAUUUACUGAAAUAAUAUGCCGUAGCGGUUUUUGCUUUGUUUUAACGCGAUCUAUGUUAUGGUCAUAAUGUCAUAUUCUGUUGCGUACUUGCGUCAUUGUAACAUUAACAGUUUUAUAUUGAGUGUUAACAUUUUUUUUUCACCCGUCAUUGUUUUUUGUUAAAAUAUCGACAUCGUCAUUUUUAAAAUGUGUUCAAUUAAUGAAAAUGAAAAAUUAAUAAGUGCUAUGAGCGAUGAAAACUGUGGACUAUUUGAGUUUACCAAUGAAGGUAAUUCUGUGGAAGUUGGAUUCUUAUGCUGGAUUCAGACUACACCAUGCACAGAGGAUAAAAUUAAUAACCAAGAUUUAAUCAGUGAAAAAACUGAGAUAGUUUUAUUUUGGCCAAGUAAUAUUGAUGUGACAUAUGCUUCAAGUAUGGUUAAAAGAUGUAAAAAAAAAGAUAUGCAAUGGAUAAAAGUUUCAGCUAUACUUUUAGCACAAGGGAAUUGGAUUGAAAUGUGUGAGAAAAGAAAGUAUUAUAUAGCACAUAAUAAAAUAUCUCCAUGUCGCUCUAAACGUCAUGAAAGACAUAUUAUUUUAUCAGAAUCAACUGUCACCGAUAAAAAUAAAAUGGUAAUAAAAUAUUGAAUACAAUAUUAUUUAGCAUAAUCUUUAAACUUUGUAUACCUACCUAUUAUGAAAUAUCAUGAAGUAUUCAUUAAAAUAACUAUAAUGUUUAGGUUACAACCUCAAUUAAUGCUUCAGCUAAACGUAAAUAUGCAGUGCUAAGCUCAUCAAGUGUGUUAAAAAAAUUAAAUUGCAAAAAAGGAGCAGUUGAACCAUGCGGAUCAAAUUUUGAGGAUCAUGUUGAUAAGUUAGAGGUGGGUUAAAAUAAUAUAAAUAUUAUUAUAAUAAAUAUAAUUAUUACACUUAGCAAAUUAUUACAUUAUGAAUUUAAAUUAGGUACAAAAUAUUAAAUAAUAAAUUAAUAAUUUAAGAUAAAAAUUUAGGUAUUGAUAUGUAUGAGGUCAUAAUUGAAAUUAAUAAUUAAUUUUGUAUAGGUACAUAAUGUAUAUGAUAUAAAUUAUAAUUUCCAAUUUUUUAAAUUUUGUUAUAAAGUCUAUACCUAUCUAAAUAAAUCUAAUAAUCUAACGGUCCUUAUAAAGUUUUGAGAAUAUGAGUAGGUAAACUUUUCCUACUUUUUGUCAUGUUAAUUAGGAAUUGGUUGUUUAAGCAUUGAAGUAUUUAAGCAUUUAAGCAUUGAAUAUACUUUCAAUCAAUUAAUAAUUUUAAAUACUUUGUAUACAUAACAAAUAUUUAGGUACCUUUUAUAUAAAUACAAAAAUUGGCCCAAAAUAAAUUAUAUGUAGUUGACUAAUUUUAAGUGUGUUUGCUUAAUUUAAACUUUAUUCAUUUUGGUUUUUAAUUCAGCCCCAAGAAGAUGUAGUCUAUUCAUCAGAUGAUGAAAAUCUGUCAU